CAAAAGUCUCGAAAAACAAAACAGAAGUGGAACAGACGGAGGAGCGAGAUGUGAACCUUAGCGGCGGUACCCCGGGGACCACCAAAUUUAUAUCAAUCGGUCCUUUGCAGUAAAGCUAGGCUGAUAAUCGUUACCUCUGGCUCUCCAAGUCUACGGUAAUAGGUUGUUUAUCUUUCUCUGCUUCUAUUCAUCCUUUGUCUUAUUGGAUUGGUCUGUGGGUUGUUGAUCCCGUCUCUGGUCUCGAGUCUCAAGUUUUGUCAAGGUUCUUCUAGGUUCCUUAUAAACAGUUUCUGUUUGAUUGUUGUUUUCAUUCUGUCAAAGGGUGGAUGCUCCUGGUGCAUGCUGUCUAUUUGUUGUUUUGCUAGUGGGUUAUGAGUUGGCUCACUGCUCUCUGUUUUAUUGCUUGUUUGUCCGAUGUUUCUGUUGCCGAGGGAAGGUGCGCUCCUGGUGAGCGUUUUGCAUGUUGUUUGAUUUUUGUUUUUUGUGCUUUCAAUUUGGUUGUUCUGUCGGUGAAACAUUGUGUUGAUAAGGCUAUGGUUAGCCUUGUUGCGAAUUAUAGUAAAGUUUCCAUAGAAGAGGAGGAGAAUAGUGGUUUGAUUUUGGAAGCGGAUCCGAUAGGGGAUGCCGGUGAGGUCGAUAGGUGUGUGUGUUUCUUUACGGUGACAUGGGUGGUAACGGAUAAAUCUAUUCUCCCAAUUGCUUUCCUUGAAACAAUGACUAUGGUGUGGAGGCCGGUUAGAGGAGUCACCAUUCAAGAACUUGAACGUCUAAAUUUCUACUUCAGUUCUAUCAUGAUGGAGAUAUUAGCCGCGUUAUCGAGGGCGGGCCUUGGUCUUUUGAUCAAAAUCUAGUGGUCAUUAGAAGGUUUGAGCGAACAGAUAGACUUCUUGAGGUGUCUUUGGAGAAUACUGACUUUUGGGUACAAGCUCAUAAUCUCCCUCUCGGUUACAUGACAUUUAAAGCUGCUCAGGGAAUUGGAAUUAGUAUAGGGUCUUUUGUUGAGGUUGACGAACGCACCCUUGGUGGGAAGUGGAGAUCAAUUUUGCGUAUAAGAGUGACAAUAAAUAUUAAUAAUGCCUUGAUUAUGAGAUUGAAGGUCAGAUAGGAUGAUGAUAAUUGGAUUUGGGCGGAUAUUCGACAUGAGAGGCUUCCAAAGUACUGCUUUUUAUGUUGGGUUUUGGGACAUAUAAACCGCUUUUGUCCAUCUAAUAUUUUUACUGGACCUGGGAUUGAAGAGAAGCCAUAUGGGGCAUGACUACGUGCAGAUAUGAGAAGACGUGGUGUGCAUAUAGGAAAUAAGUGGUUGAUCCCCAGUAGAGGUUGUUCUAGAGUUCGACAUGAUGGUUCAUUUAGUUGGAGCAAUUUGGUUAGGACUAUCACAGGGGAUCAUGACAGCUACACGGUCAAAGGGCUAAUCUCCAAGGAAAAGGAAAUGAUUGAUGUGGUUGAUGGCGAGGUAAUUCUAGCAAGAACGGACGGAUGCGUGAUGGUUUCACUUUGGCUAGUAGGUUUUUGGGGGCAGGGGCUGAUCUAGUGAUGUUGGCUUGUGGUGGGGACCAGCGGUGGUGGGGUACUGUGACAUAUCACUGCGACCGGAGUCACCGUGUCACUAGAGGGAUGUAACUAUCUAUCUAUCUAUUACUGUAGAGAUAUAACUAUUACUCCGUAUAUUUAUUAAAAGAAAAUGUUACUUUUUCCAUCCAUUAUCCACUUUUUA